CCCCCGAGGCCAGAAUCUUGUCUACUCCUAACCAUCCCUUCUCUACCAAACCCCAACUCUCUCCCGGCGACUAUAAAAUAAGGAGAAAUAUUGAGGAGAGGAGAAGUGGGUGGAGAGUAUACCAUGAUGGAGUCAUUGCAGUCCCACAGCGUGGAGAUUGUCGGGAUAGCCGUCGCCGUUGUGGCCGUCGCCGCUGGCGCUGCCUACCUCUACCUCACCAAGAAACCCAAGGGUUGCUUGGACCCUGAAAACUUCAAGGAUUUCAAACUCGUGGAAAAAAGGCACCUGAGUCAUAAUGUGGCCAAGUUCCAGUUUGCUCUUCCUACACCUACAUCUGUUCUGGGUCUUCCUAUUGGACAACAUAUCAGUUGCAGGGGAAAGGAUAGUCUUGGUGAAGAAGUUAUUAAACCAUAUACCCCAACUACUCUGGAUUCAGAUGUUGGUUACUUUGAACUUGUUAUAAAGAUGUAUCCUCAAGGGCGAAUGUCCCAUCAUUUCCGCGAAAUGCGAGUUGGAGAUUACUUAUCUGUAAAAGGCCCUAAGGGGCGUUUUAGGUACCAACCUGGGCAAGUCAGAGCAUUUGGAAUGAUAGCUGGAGGAUCUGGUAUAACUCCAAUGUUUCAGGUUACGAGGGCAAUACUAGAAAACCCAAAGGACAAAACGGAGGUUUAUCUUAUCUAUGCUAAUGUCACGUAUGAAGAUAUCCUUCUUAAGGAAGAACUUGACGGCCUUGCCAGCAACUACCCAACUCGCUUCAAAGUCUAUUACGUGUUAAAUCAGCCCCCUGAUCAAUGGAAUGGUGGCGUUGGUUUUGUCUCGAAGGAAAUGAUUCGAGUUCAUUGUCCUGCACCAGCACCUGACAUCCAGAUUCUGAGAUGUGGCCCACCUCCCAUGAACAAGGCUAUGGCUUCCCACCUGGAUGAUUUGGGAUAUCCAAAGGAGAUGCAGUUCCAGUUUUAAGCAUUUUUGUUUGUCAGGGCAUGGUUCUAACCUCCUCAAGUGUUGAAGAGGACCAUAAUAAUGUUUCACCUCAUUGUGAUGCUGUGCUUUUGUAGAACCAACCUAUAUUUUGGUGCUUCAAAUUCAUAUCAAUGAAACCUGUCACUCAAUUGAACUACUAA